AUUUUAUCUACAAAUAACGUUAUUAUCCUUAUAUACAGACAUGCAAUAUUUUCUAAAAUAUUGUGAAGUGGCAAUAUUGUCAAAGUUUUCCAGUAUUGAUGGUUUCGACGAGGUUAGCUUUUUUCAAUCUAAUUUGAACCGUCUCUGUUCGAAGUGGUGGAAACCAUAUGCGUAAUUCAUAAGCAACUAAUUUUCCGGCCAUCACCGCACUCACUGAUACACGGAGAGCACAGUAGACAAAAGCAGGUAGUAUAUGCGCUCGUGGUUGCAAGUAACUUCAUCAAUAGCACACGACAUAAUAUUCAACUAAGUGCGAAAGGCGGGUCAGGAACGAGCGUGGAAAGCCCAUUUGUCCAUCUACUUGGUGCUUACACGGGCCUCAUCAUUGAGUUCGUGCGUGAUGGUAGAGACCAAACGAGGCAGGCAGGUAGCUGCCGGCGGAAAAGAAAACCAGACAAGUUCUCAAGCCGCGUCGAGUGGUCGAGGAACGAAAAGAAGCGCAGAGAAGGCUGGCGCUACUUCGGCAAAGUCAAACAGCGAAGCUAGUUCAGUUUCUGGCACUGCAGUCAUUACAGGACCCUCCUCCUCAAAAGUUAGCAAAUAUGAAAAGGCGACCAAGUCGCAAGCGCAAACAAGUGAGUCUCCAAAGGCCGCAACAAUAACUACGACGACGACACCAACGGCAACGACAACAACAACAGCUCGUCGCUCAACCGACUCGAAAACACGCUCAGGAGAAAAAACUGUAGAAAACACUGGAAGUGAAUCGAGCAAAUCUGAAGAUAGUCGUAUGGGUCACCGAAACUCAGCGAGUGGCUCUAAGCAACGCGUAUUCAACGGGCUAAACCAAGAGGUCGAGCGAAUCCUGGGCUGUACGGAACACGAGGGUGAAUUGGUAUUCCUCAUCAAAUGGAAACAUUCAGAUGACGCUCCGCAAGUAGUUCCUGCCAAGAUCGCGAAUAUCAAAUACCCGCAGAAGGUGAUAGAGUUCUACGAGCAGCGUAUUGUUUGGGAUGACCCGCUGUGAAAUGCCCGAGAAAAGUCUAUGCAAAUAAUAAUGAAAAUGAUAAUAAUCAUAAUAAAGUUUAUUACAACGACAACGGAUCAUAUAGAGAACAAAAGCAGUGUCAAUUCUUAUGUUAAAAGAAUGAAUGAAACGAACCUGAGACUGUAAAGCUAAUCUGUUUCUCGAUCAAAGAAGAAACACGAGGGCCAACAUGACGAUGCCCAUGUAAAGCAAAACCUACGGUUGUUUUUCGUCGUCAUUAACGCCUCGCAAUACAGUGAAGUACCGGUGUGCACCUCAUCGUGGUUCAGUGCUAUUCCCGUUUGCUGAUUUGCGUCAAUAGAUAGUGAAAACCCGAAAAGGGCCUGAUGAGCUUACCACACUCGUUUGAAACGCGUACGCGCGUUUACAUCUGUGUAAAUGUGAAGGCCCAACUCAGAAAUAUGUCCCUUUAUUCAUCUCUAUAACACAGUUUAUGUCAAUAUGCCGCGCCGUACAACGGCAAGAAUGUUAUGCCAUGAAGGUACCGUGGAAAGAAUAUGGUUGUGCUGUAUGUUCUCGCCUCUUGAGUUCUCAGCUUGUUACCAGCCCAUACGUGCUCGGAUCGCAUUAAACAGGUAUGGGAAUCAAGAAGUGAGUUCCUCCAAUAGAAUCCGUAACCUCUAAAACGGAUUAAUAAUACGUAUGUUAAUGAGGUGAGGGAAACGAGCACGAAAUUUGUGGGGAGUUCAUCAUAUUCGGGUUGAAAUAAUCUAUUUGAUCUAGACAAUCUUCGCAAGAUAUCGUACUGUACAAUUGUAUGGCUUCUUUAUUAAUUGCGAAAGAGGUAAAUAUAGUCUGAGUGAUCCAUUCCGCUGAAAUAUAAAACCAUAAAAUGCAAGUGAAUUAGGGCAAAUUAAUUACGCUUUUCGCCCAAGCAAUAAUCAUUAUGUUAUUACUGCAUUUUUGUGGAUAUAUAUAUAUAUACAUACAUACAUACAUACAUACUCUAAGUGCCAUCCACAAAUCUUUAUACGCGAACUAGCCAAACAAUGAAUGAACUCGUAAAAACAUACACCAGUUGUAAUAUUUAUUCACGGGAUGCGUUCCCGAUUUUGAACAAGUACAGCGAACAUGAUCUGGUGGAAGCAUCUGCAAAUUGUGGAAAAAUGCUAUUCGUAAUAGAUAUGUUAAAUUAGUGAGUGGAAGAUUAUGUUUGAUGGUGUAAUUGUUCCUCUGGCCGUAGCCUCUCUCAAGAUAAUGUCUAUGUAUAUGAAUAUUCGCCUUGUAAAUAAAUUGCGAGACACUUAUGAAAGACGUUUUUAUUUGGAUCCCUUCAAAUCUACUUUUGUAUAAUAACUAUUUUGAGUUGACUUAAAACCGAUUGAAAAGCAUUCUAUUUUGAUCAAACUUUAUUAUUAUUUUUGGAAUUAUUUUUUUUUGGGUAACAUCGAGCAGCUAUAUGGGCUUCUGUAAGCUAUAAUAUAUUCAAUUAUAAGUGAGCAAUUUUUUGACCUUGGAGAAUGAAAGAAAUGGAACGGCAUGGAACUCAAAGAACCGUCAAAACUGUUCACUUUACAUUAGUGUAAUGUUCAAUAUGAAAGUUACUGUCAGAUAUCAAUAAUACGAUUUGCCCUGUACCAAAUCACAAUUUUGUAUAAUGAAAUGAUUUUACUAUAUUAGAAGAAAUGUCACUCUGCCUAUUUAUUUAUGUAUUUAAAGAUAUAUAAAUUAUCGCACAGUCAUAAUUCCAUAAUAUUGCAAGAAGAGACAAACUUCCAAGCAAACGUGAUAACCAAAGCAUACGCCUACUAGAAUUAGGUGCCAUUAGUCCACAGUUGUUGAGCCCUAAUGGCAGUCUUUAACUGGUUCCAACAGCAGAGAGGAAACUGCUGCACUGAACUAAUAGAAUUUGUUAGCUAAAGGCAAAAACUACCCAGAAAUUACGUGUCCAACGAAAUCUGUGAAUUACAAGUACCCAUUUAUAGUAAAUAAUGUAAUAACAAGAUGAUCAGUUUGCAGGAAAUCACAUCACAGAUGCGUCUAUAGAUUACUUCAGACAAAUUCCUUGAAUAACUGUAAAACUCUUGCAAUAGGCUCAUCAUUCAGCCAGACUCAUCUAAUGACUAAGUUAGACAUUUUCAAUAAAUAUUUUAGGAGCUUCUAAAGGGUGCGCUUGUUAAUAAAGGCUUUUGGCGUUGCACAUGUUACAAUGCAACAAUUUUCUCCCGCAACUCUUACUUGUGACAAAAAGUUGAAAAAAGACUCUCUUAGUUUAAGGAAAGCUUUGCUUUAAAAAUACAAAAGUAACGUUUAAAAGGCGUACAAAAUUCCAGCGUUAAUUUCGACCAAUGAAGCUUAACAUUAUUUAAGAUCAGCAUCAAAGGCGGGCAUUUUUCCAUGAUGAUGUAUCUGGGCCACAUCGAUGGUUUGGCCCUGCAUCAGCGGGACGUGCGGUCGCUGUCCCAAUCGGGUAAACUGAAUGAACUAAGCGUAGUGAACCUUUAGAAAAAGCAACAGCAUCAAGACUAAUUUAUUAAGGUGUUAGAUUUUCUACCCAGGAAUUUUCGUCGACUAGUACCUGUAGCUUCUAAAAACCAUGACAUAUCUAAUGUAUAUAUAUGUAAUAUGUACCACAAAU